CUAAGGCUCAGCAUUUAAUUGUGGCAUGGAGGUGCAGAUGGCUUGAUCAACCUCACCAUUUUCACCUCAGAUUCCGCCUGACUGUGGCAUCCAACCUGUCAACAAUCCCUUGCAUUGCUUUUGACACACGGCCCGGCAACUAGUCCUCUUACUCCUCUUAUUAUUUCUUCCAACCCUCAAGAAUUUAUCUACGAGUCUAACCCCUUCUUGCUUGUGUCUCUACUUCUCUCCAGCAUCAUCCAGCAUCAUGGAUCGCCUGCGCCCAUUGGAGCUCCUUGAUCUUCCACCCGAGUUGCUGCAGCUCAUCUUAUUUCAUUGUUCCACCCCAAGCUUCCUUCAACUCUCUUCAACAUGUCAGACACUAUAUACUAUUGCUUCGUCAUGUCGUGAAGUCAUCAAGAACCACCUUAAGCGGACUCCUGGCGCCAGGACAUCCCUCAAUGACCUGAAGACCGAGGAGCUGUUCCGCGUCCUCAAGGCGCGCACAGCGGAACACUUAUAUGGUGCCAAUUUCCACUCUGACUUGACCAAUUAUAUCUUCAAAUGUGGGAUUAUCGACAAUUGUACUUCGGCAUUGCGCGAGGGCGAGGAUCCCAAUACUGCCCUGGUCGAGAAGGGAGGCAGCCGUGUGCUGCUUUAUCAUAUCCAGUCCAAGGAGGCAAAACUACGAAGCAUUCUCGAGGUGCCGUACGAUCAACCCGGGCGUGUGGAGGUAAUCAAGACGGUCUUUUGCAAGGAUGGAUCUCUCGCCGUUCUCCAGAAAUACGAGCCGAUCGAAGAGUCAUGUCAAGCCGGACGCGCUCACCCAUUUGCAAAGGAAGCUCUGGAAUCUUAUCGGCAGGCCGAGUUUCAUCUUGUGACUUAUCCCGAUAUAUCCGGGUUCGCCAGGGUGCCCCGGGUUACGGUGGGAGUGCUACAGCCUGUUGAAGGAUUCCACCCUACCGCUAUCGAUGUUCAGAAUCCGUCUAUGGCAGUCAUAGCGUGGCAGCAUGAACGGUAUCCCUUGCAGGGGCAGGUGCUUAUGUAUACUUUAGUUAAAGACGCGUCCGUCGAGGAAGAUGGAAGGACGUAUGCAAUGUACAGCUCUAAACCUAUCAUAGAUGCAGACCCUGCCUCUAACAUUUUGCAAUGCAUACCGCCUAUCGUACGGCUUGAACUGAAUGAUAACGCGUCUCAGGUUCUUUAUUACCAUCCGUCAUCUACGCUAUACAACAGAUACGGGGAUUUGCUCGCUUUAGAUACCGCAGCUCAACAACGACACAGCUGGAUGAAGAACGCUUGCAACGUCACCUUGGGCCACAGACUACUUAGGUUCUCCAUCGGCAUUCCCUUUUUCUGUACUCAUGAAACCUACCAAGCAGACUCAUACCGCCAAAUGUGCCGCUGGCAAUACCUCACCCUCGGCAUAGCACGUCAUGAAUCGGAAAAGUGGACCAUUGCUUGCCUGCUUCGCUCAGAAGCUCGUUGUCGCUCUUCUCGCUGCCAACACGUGCCCAACCUGGACCGCGGCAGACGUUUCAACCAGUGGGUUGCCAUGGCCCGUCUUUGGGGCUACCAGAACAGUGAAAGCUCCCUCUCCGGACUCGUUGCCACUUCGCCACGGGGAAAACGGAUAGCCAUCGCAAACUGGAACGUGAUCUACAUUUGGGCGCUGAACCCCCAAGUAAUCAUUGAAGGCCAGCAGGGAAAGGAAUGGGAAUAUUACCCGGAGAAUAUGAAAUCAGAACACGGUUUCGUCGAGUUAAAACCGAUUGUUCUUCAACCUGACGCGGUGUGUUUCAAUUUGAAAUUUUCGCAGAGUGAGGAUGAACUUAUUGCCUUGACUGAUAGGGGGUUGAUGAGGUGGGAUCUGGGCCCCGCUGGGAAGGGCUUUAAGGUGAAGAAGUUUCUGGAUAUGGAUGCUAAGAUUUCAAUGGGGGAGACAAGUAAGGGUUCUGGUCCAGCAGUCGGUACCAGCAACCUACAGGAUGUGGGAAUGAUUGAUACUUGAGAGGCGGUUGGAUUCAUCCUAAUAGAGAAAGAUCCUUUUUCACAGCUCGAUCCCUUGAAUAUUUUUUCCGUCGAUUUGAAAUCCCCGGACCGUGGCAUGGAGGAGGGGGUGCAUUGAUCAAUGGUGUUCCUUAUUCUGUUAAGCAUUGUAUGUAUGGAGUUUGAAGGACA